ACAUUUUCACAAUGUCAAUGAAAAAGGCAAUUGAAUUUGGCAUUUUCAGAGGAACAAAUAAAACAUCUCAAGCUCCUCCAAUCCACGACAACCUCCAACCUUCACAAGAUUCCACUUUCACACACAUCUCUCUCUCUCCUCUUUCUCUCUCUUAAUAACUUGUCAAUCAAUUUUUUCUAGUAUAAAAAUGAUUAAUUACUCAACUCAUGCUCCACACCAUCCUUCUUGCUUCAUCCUCUUCACUUUGUCUCUAUAAUUUUUGCACUAACCCUCAAAAGUCAGCGCCAUCUUUUGUCCUUCAAUUUUUUCUCCCUUUUGCCUAAGAUUUUGCUCCUUAUUUAGUUCCUUCAAUAUUAGUCCAAAAAAACCACACCAAUUUUCCCAACUUUCUAACCAUACCAAGAAGAAAAAAAUAAUAUCUUUGUGCUAUUAUAUCUCAUCCCUAAUUUGCAUUUAAUAAUGGAUGAGGAUUGGGAUUUGUUUGCCAUAGUUAGAAGCUGCCAAUCACCCACCAAUACUACUACAAAAGAAAAUCCAUUUACAACCACCAAUAAAACUACACAAUCUUCAAUUUCCUCUUCUAAUUUCAAGGUAGAAUUAGAAUAUGAGGCAUUUUCCUUUCCCAAUAUAGUGCAACCUAUAGCCAAUGAGAUUCAAGAGUUAAACCAAUUAUUCACAUCUUUUAACCCCACCACCACAAACACCACUACUACUACCACUAGUGAUAAUGGUAUCAAUCCCAAUUCCCCUAAUAAUAUUGCAAGAUCCAUUGGACAACAACAACACCAUCUUCCCUCUACCAAUUGGCCUCCUUUUGUGCAAGAAACCCAACAAUUACAACAACAAAAACAAGAAUUUCAAGUACUCCAAAACAAUUCUUCCAUUGUCUUCCCAAACACCCAACCUCAAACACCUAGAUCAAGAAAAAGAAAAAGUCAACAAGGGAAAAUGGUGUGUCACGUAACUGCAGAUAACCUCUCAGCAGAUUUAUGGGCAUGGCGUAAAUAUGGACAAAAACCCAUCAAAGGUUCUCCAUAUCCAAGGAACUAUUAUAGAUGUAGCAGUUCGAAAGGUUGUACAGCAAGAAAGCAAGUUGAAAGGAGCAACUCUGAAGCAGAAAUGUUCAUUGUAACAUACACAGGAGACCACACACACCCCAGACCUACCCAUAGGAACUCACUCGCCGGCAGUACCCGAACCAAGUCUCCGGCGAUGCUUUUGUCCACUUCAACUUCUAGUCAAUCCAACACCAUAACUUCUCCUUCUUCCUCCUCUUCAGCUCCAUACUCUUUGGUUGAAGAAGAAGAGGAUAUGGACAUGGAAAUUGAAACUGAUGAAGAAGCUGAUGAUACCUAGUCAUAGUCAUGGCCAAUUAAACUAAUUAGUGCCCUCAAUGAUGCUUGACUUUUUAUUUUGUAAAUAAUUUAAACAUAAUUUAUGCACUUACAUCCACUA